GCUAAGCUAACUGCCUUUAGCCACCGGGAGCGGACAUGUUGUUCGGACCCUUCCGCGGAUAAGCGUCGCUACAAGCGGGGAAUCCGGUGCUAGGGGCCGGCUCGGGGGCCUCGGGCAGCCAUGGACGCCGUCAACGCCUUCAACCAGGAGUUAUUCUCCCUGAUGGACUCCAAGCCCCCGAUCUCUCGGGCCAAGAUGAUAUCCAUCACCAAAUCAGCCAUCAAAGCUAUGAAACUCUACAAACACGUGGUCCAGAUUGUGGAGAAGUUUGUCAAGAAGUGCAAGUCUGAGUACAAGAUAGCAGGCCUGUAUGUGGUGGACUCCAUUGUUCGGCAGUCCCGACACCAGUUUGGAUCGGACAAGGAUGUGUUUGGCCCGAGAUUUACCAAAAAUAUCACAGGAACGUUCGAGAACCUCUGCCUUUGCCCAGUAGAAGACAGGAGUAAGAUUGUGCGGGUGUUGAACCUGUGGCAGAAGAAUGGGGUGUUCAAGAUCGAGAUUAUUCAGCCGCUCCUGGACAUGGCUGCUGGGUCUAGCAGUGGUGCUGCCCACUAUAUGGGCACAGAUGAGCCAGGUUCUUCUCCACCUCCAGCCAAAGAGCCGGUUACUUCGGUAACGGCAAACUCCUCCAUGACGUCCACUGCUCAGCUGCAGGACACUGAUGCCUUCGCCGCGGUGGCACAGCUCUUCCAGUCGUCACAGGGUCAGCAGCUUCAACAGAUGCUCCAGAACUUCCAGCAGAAGCCAGACACCAUCACCCAGCCUCCUCUCCAUACGAGCCAAGCCCAGGCCCAGAACAUCACCGCCGGCCUGGGCGCUCCACAUCCUCUCCAGCCCAGCCAGCAGAAAACCACCUUCGACAAGAAACUUCUGGAUCGUUUUGACUACGACGACGAACCAGAUGCUGGAGAGGACUCGAGAAAGGAUGACAAUGCAUCGCAGCCCUCUUUUAUGCAGCAGCCUCCGGCCUUCCCACAGCACUUUAAUCCGUCAAUGAUUAACAUGUCGCACGACCUCUCGCAACAGGUUCCUCUUCCGCCUAACGGCCAGCACCAGGCCUAUGGUUUACCAUCAGGACAAAGCUUCCCAGUUAUGAUGCCUCCUAUGGGGCACGCUCUGCCAGGGCAGCCCAACCCGGGCUCCACCGGGCUUCCAGGUUUUCCAGGGGGAUUUCCCCCCCACAACGCAGCCCAGCAACAACAGGAUAUGUCAAUGGAUGUGGAUCGCUCGUCUGUGAGGGACGGCAGACAUGGCCGAAGGUCACCACACUCCGGCUCCAGGUCUCCAAAGCGGAGGAGGUCACGCUCUAACUCUCGCACUCGGCGGUCCAGGCACCGGCGAUCCCGCUCGCGCUCCAGAGACCGCCGUCACCAUUCCCCACGCCCUCGCUCGCUGGAGCAAAAAGAGAGAGAGAAAGAGAGGGAGCGACGGCAGAAGGGCCUCCCGCCGCCCAAGAGCGACACACUAAGCAUUUGCAGUAAAACUCUGUGGGUGGGCCAGCUGGACAAGAGAACACAACAGCAAGAUGUCGCCUGUAUCCUGGAGGAGUUCGGGGAGAUAGAAUCCAUCAAUAUGAUUCCUCCACGUGGCUGUGCCUAUAUUGUCAUGAUUCAUCGUCAAGAUGCCUUCAGGGCCCUACAGAAGCUUGGCAGAGGAUCUUACAAGGUUAACCAGAAAGCCAUAAAGAUUGCUUGGGCUUUGAACAAGGGCAUAAAGGCUGAGUUCAAACAGUUCUGGGACGUGGAGCUGGGAGUCACCUACAUACCGUGGUCUAAAAUCCGAGAGGACCAGUUGGAGGAGCUGAAAGAAGGAGGCAUACUGGAUGGAGACACCUUGUCACCAGAGUGGAUCGGAGCGAGGAAGUCUCUGGAACAACCAGAGGAACUCAACCACAACGGCCGUUCAGAGCCACAGCAGCUGGAGGAGACGCCAAUGUUACCUGUGCCUGCAGCAGCUGCUCCUCCUGUGCAGGUUCCUCCAAUGCAGCAGCCCAUGCUUGGUAUGGGUUCUCUCCAGCCUCCGGGCUUCCCUGGUCCUAUAGGCAUGCCCCCCCCUUCCUUCCCACCUGGCGUCCCCCCUCCUCCUUUCAUCAGACACGGCUUCAACCCUAUGCAGAUGCCUCCAGGUUUCCCUCCCCCAGGAUCUAUGCACCUAGGUCCCCCACCUCCUUCCAAAGGGGGAGUUGAGGACCAGAACCUGGACCCAGCCGGUCUGGGCAACAGGAAAAACGAGGAGGGCCCAGAGGGUCCCAACAUGUUCAACAACCAGAUGGGUCCAAUGGGUGUCCCACCAGGUGCUAUGUCAGGUUUACCUCCAGGUGGUCAUCCAGGAAACAUGCAGCCCCCCUCUGGUGGUCUGCUCGGUGCGCGGCCUGGCAUAAUCCCACUCCAGCGUCCCCCCGGCCCCCCACUUCCACACAUGCAGCGUUUCCCUCCACCUCACGCAAUGAGACCACCUCACCCCAACAUGCUCCCCAUGCCCCCGCAGAUGAUUCCCAGGGGGCCACACCCUCAGAUGAUUCACCACGAGCCCAAAGGGGGCUUCGGCAUGCCGCCCCCCCACGGUAUUCGGGCUCCUUUCCCGCCUCAUGGGCAUGGCCCCCCUCCUCCUCAAGGUCCUCCUCCUCCUCCUUUCAUCAGACCAGGGGCCCCUCAUGGUCAGGAAGGGCCAGAGGAAAUGGAGGGGAGACCGUUCAGGGGAGACAGGCCUGGGUUCAGGGACAGAGAGCCAGAUAGGGACAGAGACUGGGACCGGGACAGAGGGUUUGGAGGUGGAAGGCGUCCUUUCGGUGAUGGGGGGAGGGGAGGAGGCGGUGAGAGAAUGGAAGGGAGAGACAGGCUCGGAGGCUGGCCGGAGGACGGGGGCAAUCAGCGUGGAGGAGGAUGGGAGAGAGAUAGGGACAGAGACCGUGAUCGGGACAGAGACAGAGACAGACGGGACUGUAGGGAGAGGCGGACCAGUCUAGACCAGGACAGGGAAAGAGGGAGAAGUGAAGAUGGGGAGAAGGAUCCCGGGAAAGGGGAAGAAGGAGAAAGGGGAAAGGGAGAGGGAGGCGGUCGAGACAAAGCGAGAGGAGCAGAAGGAAAAGAACGAGACAAGCCGAGGCGGGAGCGGCGAGAGAGAGCCUCGCGGUGGGACAAGGACGAUCGAUUGGCCGAAGUAGAAAACAUGGACAUACCUCGGACCUCGGACAGCACAGAGCAACCUUGUGUGACUCCUGAGGUUGCCGUGGAAACGAGUAAAGAACCGAUUAAAGAACCGAUUGAAGAACCGAAUAAAGAACCGAGCGCGGAACCUCCUCAAGAAAAGGCAGAAUCGGAACCUGCUGCUGCUGUGACAGAGCCGACGCCAUCUGAGCCUUUACCUCCAGCUCAAAGUGAACCCACGGAAACAGAACAGGAAGCAGCAUCAUAGACCGGCUCCGACUGGCUCCUCCUCCAGCCAGAGACUGCUGCGGACCACUGAGAGACAACGGGUGGUUUUCACUAUGGUCGCCAGUCUCAACUCCUGGCAGAAGAGCUAGUCACCAUUUUUCAGUUGCUGUUGGUCAUUUCUGGGAAGUAACGGAUUUCUUGAAGACAAACAUUUCCGACGCUUAUUAUCAAACGGGUUAAAAAUGGUAAUUUGUAGUUUCAUCAAUGUCUCAAAACACAAAAUCCAUUUGAAAAAACGGCUGCAGGGAUCUAUCGGCCGUCACGACUAGUUUUCCUCCUUCAUGUAAGUUGGUUUGCAGACAGGAAACAAUUGGUUUAUAUCUCACAAAUUUACUUUUACUUCACGACCCUCAUCUCCUCACUCACUCACUUAAUGUUAUUUGUAAAAUACAUUUUUAAAAUUUGAUCAAAUAUGUCAAACUGUAAACAUCAAUUCUAUUAUGAUAGAAGCCCCAUUCGUUCCCCUGGUUGUCUCAUCUUGUUUUUCUGGUCAGCCUUCAGGAACAGCUUUGAAAGGGCUAUUAACAGACAUUGUGACUGACUCAGAGCCGUUUCUCUUAAAGACAUUUCAGCAUCAACACGCUCACAAACUAUCAAUGAAAGAAUAAGGAAAUCCAAGCUUAUUAUGGCUUAUCUUCCCGUGAUCUAUUUCUGGAGUAAACAAAUCAUGAUAUUGUACGAUGAGAAUCAGGAGUUGGAGUGAAUAAGAUCUACUACUAGAAGAGUAAUUGUUAUACAAAACUGAAUUUGAGUACGUCCAUUUGUAAAGAAACUGAUUUCUACCCAGAUUGUCCACAGCUGUUAAAAAACAGCUGAAGUUUCAUCUUGAUGAAGUUCUCAAAACUAACAUCAACAUCAUAAAGUUGUCUUUCAAAAGUUCUCAGAUGUGAACCGUAAGUCAUUUCUUUUUUUCACUGUCUAAAUUUCAUACUCUUGCCUAAAGGUGUAUUUUUUUUGUCAGCUAAAUAAAGCAGAAACCUUUUGUGGCUCAAACUGAGGUAAAUCCAAAUAAAGUUCAUUUCAAUUAUUGUAACAAAAAUCCAGGUGCCAGCUUUGGCGUUUUUUUUUAAAUCAGACAGGCUUGGAAAGAUUUAUGUUUAUGGUUUUUUCCUGUGUGUAGGGAAGAAGGGGGUAUGAUAUCUUCUCAACAGAUAAAAGGGCUGAAUUGUGUUUUGGAAUCUUCAUCUAUUUAUCUCAUGCAUGUCAGAAAAGUCAGAUCUAUAAUUUAGUUUUUUUCCAUAUGAAAAUGCAAAAAUGAAUCCCUGAAGCUGAAAAUGUUUUUUUGACUGAUAAACACAGCCUGCAAACUUAGUUUCCGUUUCACUGUAGACAUAUUUUUUGUAAACACCCAGAUUCCCAACUCUCGCUCCCUCAUAGUUUUGUCCCAGAGGCACCACGGGCCGAACUAAUGUGAUGAAAUGAAGAAUACUGCUCGGGACACACUGCUGUAAAUAUGCUUGUAACACUGACGCUUCUACAGGCGUCAUGAUCAUUGUUGUUAAUAAUAUGCGACUCGUUAAUCAGAGACAACACGUUGACUUUGAAGGAUUAACAGAGGCCCUUUGCUUUAAGGUUUUUAACUCCUCGUGGUUUGAACGUUGACGGAUGUUUCUAUGAUUUGUUAAAAAUACAAAAGACAUGGACAUAAAAUCUUCGAUAUUUCAACCAUAGGAAAUUGUUUUUAA